AUGGAUGUCUCCAGCUCUCUUAUCCAGCUUCAGGAUAACAGCGAGUUUCUAUUUGACUGUGAGGGCAUCUUGGAGCAAAGUUUCUCUGCUUCUGAUGCCGGCUACUACAGCGCCUGCAGCAGCCUCUCACCGGCUUCCUCCACCGAUUCCUGCUGUUUCUCUCCACCAACUUUCCAUUAUGGAUCAGGACAGGAGAGCUUUCCAGAGAUCUUCUCUCAGAAAAACAACAGUGACCAAGAAGAGAAGCAAAAAGCCAAGGUGGGCAAGAGGACCGGAAGACCACGGUCGAAGUUCCCUGGGCUGAAGCGCCAGAGUGCGAGCGAACGGGAGAAGCUCAGGAUGAGGGACCUGACCAAAGCAUUGCACCAUCUCAGGACCUACCUGCCUCCAUCAGUGGCUCCUGCUGGACAGACACUGACCAAGAUUGACACUCUGCGCCUCACCAUCCGCUACAUUUCCUACCUGUCGGCUCAGCUGGAGCUUGGGCAAGAAGAGACAGGUCAUGGGAAUCCUUCGGCGCCAAUUCAAACUACAAACAUGCCAGCUUUCUAUGAUAACCAGGCUUCUCCACAAACACCAAGCUUCGCCACACAGGAGGUCUUCAAUAUGCCUUAUUGUCAGAAUGCAGAGGAUACCAGCCUGACUUCAUCUCCAGCUCAGGAUUAUUGGAUUCCCCAACAGCAGAGGAUAAAGUUGUGCAUGAGCAGAAUGACUGUGCCAGAUGCUACAGCUCCUCCCUCUGAGUCGCUGAUAGAGAAGUGCAAGUUAAUCUCGACACUCUUCUCUAAGCGUGUGGAGCUGCUUAACAGUGCUACGUGA